CCUCCCCCGUUCUGUGGGAGACAGACCCGUUCAGACACUGAGGGAGAGUAGAGAGGAGAUGUGGAGUCGCUGCUAACAGCUCUCACCUGAAGAGAAGAAAGGACACAUUCACUGAGGAGACGGUCAGAGCGAGUGACUAGAGCACUAGAGCCGUGCUGCACACCCCACUGACAAUACCUGAAAAGAUGUUGAUGAGUUGACAGAUCUCUGAUGGUGAACUUCUUCACAUUACGCACCCAUCACAAUUUGGUGUAAAAUGAUCCUGAUACACAAGCCGAAAGUCACGUUAUGUCAGUCAGACCUCAAACAGGUAGAAUGCUCACCAGAGCAGAAGGGUUAAAAUCAACAAAAGAUGGUGCCUCCCUUCCAAAUCGAGGCAGAUCAUUCCACACCUGUGGGGCUCUGAAGCUGAAUCCUCUGCCACCUGACUUCUUUCUCUGUAUGCAUGGAUUACUUUUCAUGGGACAGUCUUAUCUUGGAACAAAGAUGGAGUCUGUUUAUAUUAAGCAGGAGGGGGUUCUGGAAUUGGUACCUAUCUGCAUUAAACAGGAGAUGCCUGAACUGGACCCUGUCCACAUUAAAGAAGAGUCUGAACUGGUGCCUGUCCACAUUAAAGAGGAAAAUACUGAACUGGACCCUGUCCACUUUAAAGAAGAGACUGAACUGGUGCCUGUCCACAUUAAAGAGGAAAAUACUGAACUGGACCCUGUCCACAUUAAAGAGGAAGAGACUGAACUGGAGCCUGUCCACAUUAAAGAAGAGUCUGAACUGGAGCCAGUCCACAGUAAAGAGACUAUUGACUUGUUUAAGGAUACAGACAAUAUAUCCCAGCCAAAGAUGUCACGUCAAUGUGCUGAAUGUGGGAAGGUCUUUAGUAAGUCAAGACACCUAAAAAAACAUCAGCGAAUUCACACUGGAGAGAAGCCGUAUCGCUGUAUUGAUUGUGGGAAGAGCUUCAUUGAGUCAGGAAACCUAAAAAGACACCAGCGAAUUCAUACUGGAGAGAAGCCGUAUCACUGUACUGAAUGUGGUAGAAGCUUCAUUGAGUCAGGAAGUUUAAAAAGGCACCAGCGAAUUCACACUGGAGAGAAGCCGUAUCACUGUCUUGAAUGUGGGGAGCACUUCAGUCGGCUAGGAAAUCUAAAAAUACACCAACGAAUUCACACUAGAGAGAAGCCGUAUCACUGUUUUGAAUGUGGAGAGAGCUUCAGUUGGUUUGGAAGGCUAAAUAUACACCAGCAAAUUCACACUGAAGCCAGCCUCUCUCCCUCCUAGUCCCUCACCUCUCCAUCCUACUUAUUUUAGUGUGUGGAGAGCUGACUGGGGCAGUGAUUCAAGAAUUUCAUGGAAUGGUGUAACAAUACACAUGUCUCUCUCCUCACUCACUCAUAUGAAUGUGUCCCCAUGAGUGAGAGCCAGCCUGUAUACUUUGCUGAGUGUUUAAAUACUGAGAAACUCCAACCUUGUUGUAUACUGGAGCCCUUCUUCAGUGCAGUGGGAUUUAAUGGGUAGAUUGCUGUAUAUGCAAUUAUGAGGACAGCUCCACAAUGGUAGAGCUGUUUACUGUGAAAUAUAUAUGCAUAACAUACAUGCUUCACCAUUACCAUUAUUACUACAUUCAUAGUUUAUACAGUUUGUGAAUAAUUGAUAAAAACAAUCUGCAGAAUGCAGUUGCCUCAUUAAGCAGCUUCUUAAAGGAUCCCAGGGUGUCGGCUUCAACAACAUUAUUGGGAAGUUGGUUCCAGACCCUCACAAUUCUCUGUGUAAAAAAGUGCCUCCUAUUUUCUGUUCUGAAUGCCCCUUUAUCUAAUCUCCAUUUGUGACCCCUGGUCCUGGUUUCUUCUUUUUUCAGGUCGAAAAAGUUCCCUGGGUCGACAUUGUCAAUACCUUUUAGGAUUUUGAAUGUUUAAAUCAGAUCACCACGUAGUCUUCUUUGUUCAAUUAUUUUAGCCUGUCUGCGUACGACAUGCCUUUUAAACCUGGGAUAAUUCUGGUUGCACUUCUUUGAACUCUUUCUAGAGCAGCAAUAUCCUUUUUGUAACGAGGUGACCAGAACUGGGGACGCAGCUGAGAACAGACCAGACUCAGGGAUUUUGUUUUAGUUACAAUAACAAGAUGAGAAACAUUAUACACAGAACUCUGGUUUUGUUUCUAUGAAUAUAUUAAGACGUAGAAUCUCUUUGCAUUGUGUUGCAAUUUAAACAUUUUCACUUAACAUAUUAAAAAGCUCAGCUUUCUAUUAGAAAUAGACUACAGCUAUGACCAAAGCUAUCCUCACUGUAGAAUGAACAAAAUGUGCUUUAUAAAUGUCGAAUGCAACCUGAAUAAUGUUUAACCCUUUGCGGUCCAUUGUCAGACUGGGUCCGACAUUGCAAUUAUUCCUCACAGGUCCUUUGUCGGACUGGGUCCGACAUCAUUAUAGCAACGCAAUAAACGGGUGUUUAGUCGUUUUUUCUCCGGAAAAAGCCGAGAAAACCAUUCAAUUGCCGAGUGGUAGCGACAGGAGCCGAGACAAGUCGGAAAAAAAAAAAAAAAAAAAAAAAAGGCGUUUUUCAUGAA